CCCGUAACGGCCUUCUCAGAAAGGCAGCAGGUUUCUCGUACGUCAAUCGCUACCUGGGCAUUUAUUGCUGGCUAUAAUUUGGCAGAAGCAGCAUCUACAUUCAGCCCCGCUUCAAUAUUGCUCGUCGCAUGAGAAAAGGACGCGCUGCGCUCCUAGUAGACAGAUUUCCAACCAACCCAAGGCUGACUGAUUCCUUUGGCUAUCUUAUAAGAUGACUACUUCACCCGGCCCGGAGACGAGGCACCAAAAAACCCAUAUUCUCAAGGAAAAGCUAGAGCAUCCGUUUCCACACUUGCGGGAGAAACUCAAACAAACAAGCCUCUAUGAUAUAAAAAUCGGGGCUUCCCAUUUCAAGCACAAGAUCGGCAAAUUUGCCAACUUGGUCAAUCCCAAUCACCGCCAUGACGAGGAGCACGAAAAGAGGACAGACGAAAAGCGCAGUCGCAUUGCCGAGAGCCAUCGCUUCAACUCGUUUGCUCCUGAACGAGAUGGGAACGACAUUAAGUGGUAUGUUGACGGUAGGGACUAUUUCUGGGCCGUUUCUGUCGCCCUGGAUCGUGCAAAAGAAACAAUAUAUAUCGCCGACUGGUGGCUGAGUCCGGAACUGUUCAUGCGUCGUCCUCCUUACUUCAACCAGGAAUGGCGUCUCGAUCAGAUCCUGAAGCGCAAAGCACAAGACGGCGUUAAAAUUUACAUCGUUGUAUAUAAAGAAGUCGAAGCUGCGAUAACUUGCAACAGUCAGCACACGAAACGGGCGCUGAUGGAUGGGCUCAUCAAAGAGGGAGAGAAGGGCCGUGACAACAUUCGCGUGAUGAGACAUCCAGAUCACAACGUCUUCGAAAACAUGGGAGACAUGACAUUUUACUGGGCACAUCACGAAAAGUUCAUCGUCAUCGACUAUGAGGUUGCUUUUAUCGGCGGCUUGGAUCUUUGCUUCGGCCGGUGGGAUCACUGGCAACAUCCUCUCGCUGACGUGCACCCUGCAGGCGUACAGCAUGAAGUUUUCCCAGGACAAGACUUCAACAACAAUCGCAUCAUGGAUUUCCAAAGCGUGGAAGAUUGGAAGUCAAACGAGCUCUCCAAAACAGAGUACGGUCGUAUGCCGUGGCAUGAUGUAGCCAUGGGCGUCAUUGGGCCCUGCGUCUAUGAUAUUGCCGAGCACUUUGUUCUCAGAUGGAAUUUUUGCAAGCGUGACAAGUACAAACGCGACAAACGUUAUGACUGGCUUUGUCUCGAAAAUCGUGAAGGAGAAGAUGAAGAUCUUGUUGCCGUGCAACGUCCAAAGUACCCCGUGGGCGAGUAUAUCAAGCACCCUCUGUCACCUCUGAGCUCAAAGAAUUUGGAGAACAGGGGUACCGUGCAUGCACAGCUUGUGCGAAGCAGCGCGGACUGGAGCAGUGGCAUCUUGACUGAGCAUAGCAUCCAGAAUGCGUAUUGCGAAGUCAUCAGAAACGCAGAACAUUAUGUGUACAUCGAGAAUCAAUUUUUUAUUACUGCUACUGGCGACAACCAGGCACCAAUACACAACGUCAUUGGCCGUGCUAUAGUAGAUGCAGUUGUUCGAGCUGGGCGGGAGGGCCGUAAGUUCAGAGUCAUUAUCUUGAUUCCAGCAAUCCCGGGAUUUGCAGGGGACCUUCGACAGGAUGCGGCUAAGGGAACAAGAGCCAUCAUGGAUUACCAGUAUAAAUCAAUCCUGCGAGGCGAGCACUCCAUCUACGAGCAGAUUCGAAAGGAGGGCGUGGAUCCGACGAAGCACAUCUUCGUUUUCAACCUGCGCUCAUAUGACCGACUGAAUAAAACGCCGGCUAUGCAAAAGCAGGAAGAGAUAUCGGGGCUUAAAUAUCAAGACGUGCAGCGUGCUCAAGCAGAAGAGAUUAUGGGAACUGGUAUCCAUGACAGUGCUGAAUUGUCCUCACAAGCCGAUUCGCAGGCUAACGACUCAGGCGAUGAAGAAAAAGAGAGGGCAGUAGAUCAGAAGAGAAAAUUUGAAGCUCAUCGUGAAUCUGCGGGUGGAGAGAAUGCAGAUAAUCAAGUUUCUGCAGACUCGAUCGCCAAAAGCGCGCUACAUGGUCAGCCAAAAGUAAGCGAGGAACCAUUCCCGGGAGACGACGAGGAGCUAGAGAAGGACGGUUUCUUCCAAGAGGAAUUAUACAUUCAUGGCAAAUGCUUGAUUGUCGAUGACCGAAUCGUGAUCGUCGGUAGCAGCAACAUUAACGACCGCUCACAAUUAGGUUUCCACGACUCGGAACUUAGCAUUGUGAUGGAAGACACCAAAGUCCUCGAGUCUACAAUGGAUGGAAAGCCGUAUAAGGCCGGUCAUCAUGCAGCAACCCUACGCAGAAUGCUGUGGCGCGAGCAUCUGGGCUUGAUUCCUCCCCAGCCGCUCGAUGCAUCAAAUGAUCCCAACGCGCAACCUCCGGGAGAUUGCCCAAAUGAUCUGCUCGAGGACGAGCAUUUCGACUUUGUGGCUGAUCCGCUGAGCGAUGAGGUCUGGGAUAUGUGGACGCGGCAAGCAGAUGUCAACACGGAAGUUUUCAGGGACUUGUUCCACGCUGAUCCGGACAACAGCAUCCGAACAUUUGAUGAUUACAAGGAUUGGAUGCCGAAUCUCAACGAUGGGAAAGGACACAAGCAGGGUCACCUUAUUGAUAAAAGUAGGCCCCUGGCGGAGAUCAAGCAGCAGCUUGAUCGCAUCAAAGGUCACUUGGUCUGGAUGCCUUUGGAUUUCUUGUGCGAUGCCGAGAUGGCUGAGAAGGGCUUGCAAGUCAACGCGUACACAGAGAGUAUCUACACGUGAGAACCUUUUCUUUUGGCAUCCGUGUUGAAGGGAUCGAGUCCCUUGUGUCACGAAUUUAAUGACAGAAUUCACGACCAAACUAUCUUGUGCACUUUCUCCCUGUCAAGGAGACUUUGUGAAAGAGAACUGCUUUUUCAAGCUGGCAUACAGUUUGACAUUUUAUUACACAGUCUAUAGUUUUGCGUGCUGCGGUUGACGCUAGACGUUGGACUUGAGAUCGUCCUAAGGUCUAGAGCUUCGUACUCAGGAUGCUUCCGCCGUCUAGUGUAAUCGUUGCACCGUUGACAUAAGAUCCGGCUCUGCUCGACAAGAAC